CUCUCUUCCUCUCUGUCCCCCCACCCACUCCCUCCGCUGCACUCCCUUUCGGCACUUCCGGAAUCAUGGCAGUAACUUUUUGUUGUUGUCUCGCCUGCUAACGCCGGGUGUAGAAAAAGGGCUUUUCGUCCAGAUAGGGAGUGGGAGAGCGGCGCUGCCCCCCGAGCUCCCCACAUAGAAAGCGAUGGCCGGUAGCAGCUUUCCGUUUAAUUCCUAAAGUUCAUGCUGCGCGAAUUCACUCUCAACUUUUCUUAUCUCUAUAGGCUCCCACCGGAAGUUCCGGGUGUUGGUGUCACUCUAUAAUUUUGAAAAUUAAAAGAUCUAUAUGUCCUACGGUUCGCUAAGAGAAAGAGCGGGGCGGAGCCUUCCUUAUCUCCCUCAGUGCCGGAAAGCGCGAACCAGGGUUGUUGUUUUUGCGACGGGGAAGGCGGGUCGCUCGGACUUUUCGAUAAGGAGGUCUUAGCGCUGCUUCGGAUGGCUAGGCCUAGAAGCUGGGGUGGGUUGCCUAGCAACGCACGGGCGUUCGUUGUAGUGAUGCUGUUGGAGGGCCUUGCGGGGGGGGGGAGGCUUUUCGCUUUCGGGACGCGAUGGUAGAGCCUUGAAGGGGUUGAGUGGACUGUACCACACUGGGGGGUGGGAGGCUUCCUUUAUUAUGGGAGGCAGCGUCCUUCAGAAAACCGGCUGCUGGGGAACGCGAACAGGAGCGGAGUUGUUAUGUUUUGGCUCUGCUUGUGGGCUUCCAAAGAGUCAACAAGAUGGUGGACUAAUCACUAAUGUUAUGUUGCAUUUAUUUCCCACCUCCCACCCCCCUCCGCCCAAGGAGCUCAAGUUGUGCCUCUGCUUGUCUCCUUCUUUAAUCCCCACAACAACCCUGUGAGGUAGGUUAGGCUGAGAGGCAGUGACUGAUUGCAAUAUAGCUACAUGGUUGCAAUAAUUUAAUAAUAAUAAUUUAUUAUGUAUACCCCGCCCAUCUGGCUGGGUUUCCCCAGCCACUCUGGGCGGCUUCCAACAAAACACUAUACAGCGGUACCUUGGGUUACAUACGUUUCAGGUUACAUACGCUUCAGGUUGCAGACUGCGCUAACCCAGAAAUAGUACCUCGGGUUAAGAACUUUGCUUCAGGAUGAGAACAGAAAUUGUGCUCCGACGGCAGUGGCAGGAGGCCCCAUUAGCUAAAGUGGUGCUUCAGGUUAAGAACAGUUUCAGGUUAAGAACGGCCCUCCGAAACGAAUUAAGAACUUAACCUGAUGUACCACUGUAUAUCAAUUUAACCCCCCCCCAAAAAAAACAAUUUCCAGUCAGAAAAAUAGCCAGGUGGAAGGCUAAAUGAGCCUUCGGUUUGAUCCAGCAGGACUCUUACAUUCUUAAUGAACUGUCCUAGUUAAAAAAAUAAAAAUGGAAUUAUCCCUCACCAACCACUAGCACAUCACAGACGGAGCUGUUAUCUGUCAUCAACUCCAUCCUGUGUGCAGUUCUGUUCAUCCUGUGCUGGUGCUGGACUUCAGAUUUUGGUUUUUGUAAUAUACGCAGUGUACAAAAGUCCACUCAGCCACUUCAGGAUCCUACCACCUCAUUGUGCUCUGUAAAUGUAUCAGGUUUCAAGGAAGGACUACCAGGAAGAGAUGGGUAUAUUGAUAAGUUUUAAGAUGAGGCAUAUGAGGGAAGGAGUAGGAUGCAAAAAAGUUCUUGUGCUUUAUAUUACUUAAUAUUUGUAGCAUUUAUUAUAUAGCACUCUAAAGAUUUCAAAACGCUUCCUAUUACAACAGCAUUGUGCCAAUCACAGUAAUAAUUAACCUAAGAAACAACCUAGGUUGAUUAACCUAGUAGGUUGCAUCCUUACUUCUCUUAAUGGUCUCAGGUAUGGGUGAGUUUUCAGAAAUAAACAUAGUUCUGAAAUGUGUGUUUGUUUAGCUGAAAUGUGUAUUUGUUUGGCUGAAAUGUUUUAUUUGCCAAAGCCAUGUGCUUUCUUGAUAAAAUGUAUGCAAUAGUAGAUUUAGACUGCGAUCUUAUACAUACUUUUCUAGGAGGGUGACCUCAUUAGUGUCUGCUUCUGAAUAGACUUGUAAAGAACUGCACUGUUGGGCUACAAUAUCUAUUUUUAUUGUUAUAUCCCACCUUUCUUUAAAGGAGUUCAAUAUUCAUAGUUCUGAUAUGCUUUACGUCCCCCAUAGAUAUGCAUAAGAUUGCACUGUUUCCAAAAGUACUUACUUCCCGUCAGAUAGAACUAAUCUAUACUGUUUGGUCUUCUUGCUGAUUUUACAAUUUCCUGCUGAUGAUGAUAUUCAUUAUUGCCUUUAAUUCUAGAUACACCAGAGAAAAAGCUGCAUGAAAUGAUGAACUUUUCCUGCUUAUUGGAGAAGCAACUCAGAUCUCUGCAAUGUGAAUGUGCAAAGAAUGACUGAAAAUACCAAAUUUUCCCACAAUGGGGACUCUCUCCAGCAAAUGUAUGAUGAUAUGCUGGUAGAUGCCUUAUUUCUGAAAGAUAGUCAUAGUUGUGCAGCUCUUCUAAAUCCUUCUAUAUCACUGCAACACUUGUCAUCAACAAAUAGAAAAUCAUGGGCAAUGAGUCUGUUUUCUCCUAACACUGGUGCUCGGAAGUCUUCUGAUCCAGCGUUUACAGCUCUCAAGACAGAUGAUGAGCCGGACACAUCUGAAAGUGUGAUUCGUUCAACAUGCCAUUCACGAGAAAUUAUGCUGCUUCAGUUAACCUUGAUCAAGAUGAUGCUAUCCAAAAUGCAAUCCCAAGGGGUGGCAGUUGAAUCAAAACAGAAAUAUGUAGAGAUUAUUAGAAUUCUUCUGAAAGAAGCCAACAUAGACUCAAAAUUAGUAAGUUUUUGGGUGAUUCUCCACCCCCCAUCCCCAAAUAGCUCCGUUGCUAAGAUAUUCCUUAUCUACAAUUCCUCCCUUUUCCACUUAUUGCAGAUUCAUCUGUUACUUAUUUCUGAUAAACAACUAUCUUAUCAGGCUUCCAAAGCUUUGGUCUUCCUUGUGCGUUUUCAACUAACAGAAGAGGUGAGUUGCAAAGUGGGCUUUGGGCUAGUUCCCACUAAAACAGCUUUCUGCUUCACUCUUUGUUUUUUGAAGUAGGCGUGUAAUUAAGUCAGCUGCAUCAAUCAGGUGAUUUAAAAAUCUGUGCAAGUAAUUAGGGGAUCCUUUUUAAAUCAAUCAUAAUGUUUUUAAAGUUCAUUAUUUUUUAUUUAAGUACUUUAAAAUCUGUGGAUGGCAGAUAUCUUCUUAGAAAAGGCUUUCUUUUGCACACCAGAGGGAAUUAUGGGAUGUUCUGUUAAGUUCAGUGGGGCUUACUGUUGGGUAAAUGGCUGCAACUGUGUACCUACAUAGAACUCAGUGGGGCUUACUUCUGAGUAGACUUAUAGGAGAAUGCUGUUAAUUGAUUAAACAGCCAAUAUUUCUUUACUUAGCAGGGCCAUUUUUAAGGUGGUGUUUGAGAAAUGAAUCACUUUUUCUUCUUUUAACUAAUCAGAUUCUGUAGUGCUACUCCAUCAUCCUAGGCUGGUUUAAUCGGGGGGUUUUGUGCUUCUUUACUGUGGGGUGUGAGGGUAGAACAGUCACUCAAAACAUGGUCAGACAAAACACUUGCGUCUUCGGGGGCAAGAGAGAGAAGGGCUUUCUUCAUGGUAGUGCCUAGAUUGUAGAAUGUCUUUGUUGGUGAGAGCUUCCUCUCUACUUAACUGUUAUUUACAGCUUUUAUUCUGUUCUUCAGUUGCAAAGACUCUGAGUGGCUUAUAUAAGAUAAAAGCAAGACUGCCUCUGUCUUCAGGCUUACAGUGUUGAACAAGUGGACAGACUUCAUAUAUUGAUGAUCUACUUUGUGUUUUUGCUAGAACCCCAAUAUACACUAACCAGAAUUGGAUACAAAAUACCACCAGCAUUGAAAGUACAGUACAAGGUCCUUCUGACCAUAUUUUGAGCCUAGGAAUUUGUUUUCACUAUCUGAACUGAACUUGCAGUCCUUCCACACAAUAGUCUGCUUUUGGUUAUUCUGGGCUUUAUUUCAGUAGUCAAAUUGAGGUGGGAAAAGUCAUUUGUUGUUGCUGCUGUUGUUGGGAGUCAGAAAUCGUUGCUAUAGCAAAGCACUCAAAUAUCUUCCAAUAGAUCCUGAUCUACCUUCUGUUCACUCCUUGUCUUAGGUACAUGACACAAAAUGAGAAAGUUUAUGGAAGGAGACAACAGAAAUAAUGACAUCAGUUGUUAAAGCUGCACUGUACUUUUUAUAAUGACCAGCUUGAAUUGAAACAAUUCAGGGAGAGGAACAGAUAAAUGCAGCCUGUCUUGAAGGCAUUGGCCACUGCCAAUAACAGAUGAGGAAAGGAAGAGCCUGUCCUGUCUCCAAAGAGCUAGUGAAGUAGCCUUGCUUCCCAGUUCUCCCUCUGCCACAGCCUGCUAGAGUUAAGACUGUUCCUUUCAGUAGGCAGGGGGUAGGAUAGCUGCUUUGAAGUACAGUGGAACUUUGAUAUUUAAACAUCUUAGUUGUUGAAAUGUGCUCCUGAAUGUUGUUGAAAUCUGCUCCUGAAUAUUGAAAACCUGGAAGUCAGUGUUCCUGUGUGUGAAUGUUCUUCGGAAGUCGAACGUCCAUCGUGACUUCUGCAGCUUCCAAUUGGAAGCUGCGCCUUGGUUUUUGAACCAUUCCAGGAGUCGACCGGACUCCCGGAAUGGAUUAAAUUUGAGAACCAAGGUACCACUGUAUAGAUUUUUGUAUUGUGCUUUUAGUGCUGUGUUUGAUUCAAUUACUAUUAGAUAUAUUGAAUAUUAUGUAUAGAAAUGCAGAAUAUAGUAAAAUAAUAUUGAUUGCUACUCCCUUUACAAUUUUCUUAAAAGAAUACCAGCAUACCCAGACAUACCUGCAUGUCUUGUGUCUCAUUUGUUGCCUGCGUUCUCUCUCUCUCUCUGUGUCUAUUUUUUAAAAAAUGAACAAUACCAUGCACAUAGAAAAUUAUCAUGUCAGAGAGAAGGCUAAGCUAAUUAUUCUAUUUCUGUAGGAGAGCUAUGGGUGAUGGGUACUGACUCUGGUGAUUCUAUAGUGGCAGCACACGUGGCCCCUAUUAAGCAUGAGCUCUGUGUAUGCAUGCACAGGGUUCUGAUGCAGAUUCUCUCCCAUGUUCAGCCAACUUUUGUAUCCUCAGCGUUUCAUCCAGAGGGCGGACGCAGGUGAAGCCUGCUCUGCUGUUUCACAAGCCUACUGUAUUAGCUUUCUUUUGGUAGUGCAGUACCAAAAUAAUCAGGCAGAGGGCUUCAUAACAUAAGAGAAGCUAAAUAUUUGUUAUUCCGUCUUCAGAAGUGUUUCCACACUUAAGGGGCUGAUCAAGACAAUGUCUGCACAGUACAUUAAGGGUUGCAGUAUCUCAUGAUCCACUAUCCAAAUGCAAGACCUUCAACUUAAGCCCAGCAGCUGCUAAGUAGUGGGUGACAACUUCCUCGCAAAAUCUGUCUGUUCCCUACAGACCCACUUUCUACAGUUCCCCCCCAAAAAGAUUUUUAUUGAAGUAAAUCAAAAUCAAACACAAUAAAAAUGAGAGAGAUACGAAAGGGUAUCAGGUAGAUCAUAGAGUUGGAAGGGACCAUGAGGAUCAUCUAGUCCAACCCCCUGCAAUGCAGGAAUCUUUUGCCCAAGACCAUUAGGAAAGCCAAAUUUUAUGUUGUACUGUGGAGAGGGAGUCCUGUGUAUCUGUAUUUGUUGUAUUUAAGAUAAAGUCCCACCCAACAUCAUAAGAGUUUUUCAGAGUCCCCUGAGCCUUUGGCAACACAUAAUUUAUGAGGUACACCCCCCCCCAAAUGCUAAACGCUGCAUCCUCAUUUUAUAUGAAAGUCUUGUAAGGUUGUCUGUCCAUUUGGAGGCAGUGAAAGUUUUAGUAGCUACCAGCAUCCAUGCCAAAAGUUUCUGAAAGCUAAAACCUUUCAGCUGAUUGUCCUAUAGAUACAGUAAACAGAGCUGCAGUCAGAAUAUUUCUAAUGAUAUAGCUGAGCUCUUGCCAAAGGACCGAGCAAUUCCCAUUCACUUCAGUAUUGCCUUCGUAUUUCAUAAUUUGACCCAGAGAAUGCAGUGUUCUUUGCUGUGAAAACGUCAAGCCUAUUACAGAAUGGCCUAUCCGUUACCUUCCCACGGCAGCGGUACCUAUUUAUCUACUUGCACUGGCAUGCUUUAGAACAGCUAAGUUGGCAGCAGCUGGGAUGUUUCCAUCACAGAGUUCCAUUGCGCCAGAAGUGGUUCAGUCAUGAUGGCCACAUGACCUGGAAAGCUGUGCAUGGACAAAUGCUGGCUCCCCCAGCCUGAAAGCGAAAUGAGCACCACAAACCCACAGUCGCCUUUGACUGGACUUAACCAUCCAGGGGUCCUUUACCUUUUUUAACGUACUAUCCAUUGUGGAAGCCACCAUUGGUCUUUGUGUUCUGAAUUCAAGUUGUGGAUAUUGGGUGUCUCAAGGCUAUUCACAUGCUCCCAAAUGCUCAGGUGUAGGAGAAGAGGUCAGAUUGCACCUCUUCAGGCCUACCAGUUGCUUGAACCCUAAUAUAGAUAAUUGUUUUUUCUCUCUCUUUUUUCAGGGUUCCCUGAACAGUCCCUGGUUUGCUUUUUGUUCAGAGGCUUUGUCUGGGUUUCCCAAGAGCAGUCAUGUAGCGGAAUGCCUGUGGACUCAUACAAACGUGAUCAGAGAAAUUUUAAAAGAUGAAGGAUUGUGCAAAGGAGGUAUUGUUUGAACCAGGUUUACUUUGUAAAUAACCUGUAGGGGAAGAAGGCAGCAUAUACUAUAAUAGUUUGUGUGCCUGAAAAUAUUUACUGUGAGCUUUUCUGUCUAGAGCAAAAAUCAAUAUUUAGAAGUUUAAGAUUUUACAAAGCUGCUUUAAUUUAGUAGAUGAGCCAAACUGUCUUAGAGAUGGUACUGAAACACUGCUUGAUGCUGUCAUUAUAGGUGGGCUACAGAAGAUUCUUACUUCUCUUGACAAAGUGCUUGAAGACUUUUACAACCGCAUCCCAUCUUCUUAUUCUGAGAUUGCCCAAGUAUCUGCAAAAGCCACAAAUAACUUGAGCAGCUUCCUGGACCUCCUUGAACUACUUGUGGCCUCCAGAACUCAGGCACCACUGAACCUUGUCUGUCAAAGGAUGUUGCUUUUGAACGUUUCAUGCGUGUUGGGUCUUGUCACUUCACCCGUUCAUGAUUUAAUCAAGAAGAAAGCUAUCGUGCUGCUUAAGAAAUGCAUUCUUCACAAGGCUGGCGAAGACCUAAUCAAGGGAAAGGUGCCUUCUUUCUCCCACCCCGACCUGCAUUUUGACAAGGACAGAUUAGUGUUUGCUGGUGCUGUUCUGCAGUUUGUAGCUACUGGGUGGCUGAAUCGUUUUUCGCUUAGUGAAAAGGCGAGCCACUAUGGAGGCAGUCAGGUGAAGCCAGAAGUGGGUAUCUGUUGCAGUCCUGCUCAAGUGACCUUAAGAGCCCUAAGCUUGGUUUUGCUUAAAGCUUUAGAGGUUAAGAUAACAGAUUCUGCAUCUGAAGCUGAAGCCCGAGGUAAGUUUUCAAAGUGGCUUAAACCCUUCCCAGCCAUUAGUUUUGUGGGAGAGGGGUACCUUUAGAAAGGAGUGAAGGGUGAUAGGCCAAUCUCCCUGACUUCAAAAAAGACUUUUAAACAGGUUGGAUGGCCAUCUGUUAGGCAUUCUUUAGCUGUGAUUCCUGCUUUGAACAAGAUGACCCAGGGGUGGGGGUCCCAACUCUACAAAAAUUCUGUGAUUCCCACAUCAGACGGUUACCAUUUUCUCCAUGUGCCUCUUCUCUAGAUUAACAGUUCACGGGAAUGGCCAUUCUACUUUGUAUUGCCAGUUUUACUUCUAUAAUUGGUGCAGGCUCACAGUUUUGGCAGCACGCCACAUAAGGCCUGGCAGUGUUGUAGUCUUGAACAAAGGAAUCCCUUCUACCCUUCCAUCGAAACACUUCCAUCUCUCUCUUCUUUUUGUGAGUUGCAAGAGCUGCUGGAAGUAACCAUUUAGACUAGGGUUUGGCAACAUUACACCCAAGGACACAAAGUGCUUCUGAGCCUCCUCCCCAACUCAUCCUUGGUCCCGAGGGGGUGAGUGGUUACCUUCUCUCUUUAAAAGUAUGUGCUUACUCUUAACCUUAUGCCCACCAGAAGUACAUAUGGAAGAAGAACAAGGAAAGAUUGAUUUAUUACUUGAAGUGAAAGUGACAGCGCAUAUGGGUACUGCUUUCAGACAGCAAAGUUGCAAUAUAAGUGGGCAGGAAAUCGUACCUGUACAUACACACCUUGAUCUAAAGAGGAAAAAGAAUACUUAUCAAAAAGCUUAAAGGGAGAGUGAGCAUGACAUUUGCCACAGACCCAUGCUAAGAGCAAAGUGAGAAAGGGCAGAAGAAGGGUAUACAUGCCCUGAAGUGAAGCAUAGCAUCCUUCUGGUUCUUCUGAGUAUAGAGAAAAGGGGGUCCAUGUUGGAGUUUGUGAACUAGCCAGCCAUUAAAAAUCAGGGGUAUAUGUCCUAUUUUGAGCCAAUGUACUCCUAUAGGGGGACGUGGGUGGCACUGUGGGUUAAACCACAGAGCCUAGGACUGGCCGAUCAGAAGGUCGGCAGUUCGAAUCCCUGCAACGGGGUGAGCUCCUGUUGCUCGGUCCCUGCUCCUGCCAACCUAGCAGUUCGAAAGCACGUCAAAGUGCAAGUAGAUAAAUAGGUACCGCUCCAGCAGGAAGGUAAACGGUUUUUCUGUGCACGGCUUUGGUUUGCCAGAAGCGGCUUAGUCAUGCUGGCCACAUGACCCAGAAGCUGUAUGCCAGCUCCCUCAGCCAAUAAAGCGAGAUGAGCGCCGCAACCGCAGAGUCGGCCACGACUGGACCUAAUAGUCACGGGUCCCUUUACCUUUACCUUACUCUUAUGGGGGGGGGCUUUUGAAUGAGCAAUUGUCAAUACAUUUUAUUCUUUCGUUUCAUUGUUUAUUUCCUACAAGUUCCUAUUUUUCCCCCAUUUUGAUUUCUUUGGUCAGUUGGUAAUUGAAAGGACAUACAGUGGUACCUCAGGUUACAUACGCUUCAGGUUACAGACUCCACUAACCCAGAAAUAGUACCUCGGGUUAAGAACUUUGCUUCAGGGUGAGAACAGAAAUCGUGCUCCAGCUAAAGUGGUGCUUCAGGUUAAGAACAGUUUCAGGUUAAGAACGGACCUCCGGAACAAAUUAAGUACUUAACCCGAGGUACCACUGUAAUCCUAGUGAGAAAUUUCUGUUUGUUGAAUUCUAAGUUUAGAUUCUAUUGUCUGUGCAGGGCCCCCACAGGGGGUAUUAAUUAUGUUUGGUAGUAGCACAAGAUUACUGUGCUGAUCCUUACAUUAAAAGACAAGGAGUUUACCGAUGCAUUCCAGGAUGCGUUUUGGAUAAGAAGUAGCACCAGGAUGGGGUUAGCAAUGGGGGUCUGUUUUUAUAUCAAGUACUGCUGACUGUACUGCUGCCAUUAUCUACAGUAAUAAACCAUAGGAAAAGUUCAUAUUGGCACCCGCAUCUACAUUUCUUCCUGUCUAGAGGAUAACCCGAAGGAGUGGAGCCCACAGCACUUGCUCAGAAAACCAAAAUGGAUCUAAAAAGUUUAAUGAUUCCCGUAAGAGAAGACAUUGCCUGAAGGCCUAUCAAGGCACCAGAUAGUUGCUUGGAUACAUGCUCUCCAAUUACUUUGUUUAAGCUGCAAGCUUUAAUCAGUAGAUUAAGAUCGUUGGAUGGUGCCUUGCAUGUCUUCUUCAGGCAACUCCUACAGCCAAGCUAGUGCCAAAUGUACUGCUCUGUUUUCCUUUGGACCACAUCAGUGAGGUCAAGAGAGGGGUCUUGUUGUCUGGGCAGCCCAGGACCUUCGUACACACUGCCCAGGCUUCUGCCCAAGACCCUUCAGUUUUGCCAAGGCCUUUUCUAAAGUGUAGCUCAGUCCACCCAUUCCGGUUUAUCACCAUGCCAAAUGUGAAGCCUUUUAUGCUGUUUUAUGGAUGUGUUGCAUUCACUGGCUAGAUACUUGUUUAUAGGGCUGUGAGAUAAAUAUUAACCCUUUUGGGGCUCAGUCCUGAUUUGUCUCAAGCUACCUUUUAGUCCAAGGACGCGGGUGGCGCUGUGGGUUAAACCACAGAGCCUAGGGCUUGCUGAUCAGAAGGUCGGUGGUUCGAAUCCCCGCGAUGGGGUGAGCUCCCCUUGCUCUGUCCCUGCUCCUGCAGUUCAAAAGCACGUCAAAGUGCAAGUAGAUAAAUAGGUACCGCUCCGGCGGGAAGGUAAACGGCGUUUCCGUGCGCUGCUCUGGUUCGCCAGAAGCGGCUUAGUCAUGCUGGCCACAUGACCCGGAAGCUGUACACUGGCUCCCUCGGCCAGUAAAGCAAGAUGAGCGCCGCAACCCCAGAGUGCGAUGAGCGCCGCAACCCCAGAGUCGGUCACGACUGGACCUAAUGGUCAGGGGUCCCUUUACCUUUUAAUAAACAAUAUAACAUUCGUCUUAACAUAAUUUCACAUUUUCUUUGGACUUCCUCACAUCUCCCGCUCCCACCUUCAUCAUUAUAACAUUUUGUCAGCAAUUUAUCAUCUUAUUUAAAUUCUUAUAUCUCUUCGAUAUUUCAUGAUCUUAUAGUUCUCAUAAAGAGUUAAACUUUCACAGUUUUUCUUAUUUUCUUAAAAACUUCUAAGUUAAGUGGUGCUCAGUUAUUUAGUCUAGCAUCUUAUUCAGCAUUCAGUCAAAUCACAAUGUUUUUGUAGGUAGUUCUUAAAUUUCUUCCAAUCCUCCUCGAUUCUCUCUUCUCCCAGGUCACGGAUUCUGCCAGUCAUUUCAGCCAGUUGCAUAUAGUCUAUCAGUUGCAUCUGCCAUUCUUCCAGUGUGGGUAGAUCUUGAGUUUUCCAAUGUUUUGCGAGUAGUAUCCUUGCUGCUGUUGUUGCAUACNUAAAAAUGUUUGGUCCUUCUUUGCCACCCCUUGGCUGACAAUACCCAAAAGGAAAGCCUCUGGUUUCUUAGUGAAAGUAUAUUUAAAUACCUUUUUCAAUUCAUUAUAAAUCAUUUCCCAGAACGCCUUCACUUUAGGGCAGGUCCACCAGAGGUGAAAGAACGUUCCUUCACACUCUUUACAUUUCCAGCACUUGUUAUCAGACAGGUGGUAAAUUUUUGCGAGUUUGACUGGGGUCAUAUACCAUCUAUAAAUCAUUUUCAUUACAUUUUCUUUCAAAGCAUUACAUGCAGUAAAUUUCAAUCCAUUACUCCACAGCCUUUCCCAGUCCUCAAACAUAAUAUUAUGCCCAAUAUCCUGUGCCCACCUUAUCAUAGCCGAUUUAACCAUUUCAUCUUGUGUAUUCCAUUCCAACAGCAAGUUAUACAUCCUUGAAAGUAUCUUAAUCUUUGGUUCUAACAAUUCUGUUUCUAAUUUCGAUUUCUCCACCUGGAACCCUAGUUUCUUAUCAUUUUUAAAAACUUCUUUAAUCUGAGCAUAAUGUAACCAAUCUCGCACUUUGUCUUUCAUUUUCUCCAAACUCUGCAAUUUCCAAUUGUCUCCAUCUGUGUCUAGUAUUUCCCAAUAUUUUGGCCAUUUGGCCUCCAUAUUGGGUCUUUUUCGGGCCUUAGCUUCCAAAGGUGAAAGCCACCUUGGUGUUUUAUUUUCCAGCAAGUCUUUAUAUUUUGUCCAGACAUUAAACAGUGAUUUUCUAACAAUAUGGUUCUUAAAGGCCUUAUUUGCUUUAACUUUGUCAUACCAUAAAUAUGCAUGCCAUCCAAAAACAUUGUUAAACCCUUCCAAAUCUAACACAUCAGUGUCUUCAAGAAGUAGCCAAUCUUUUAGCCAGCAGAACGCUGCGGCUUCGUAAUACAACUUUAAGUCCGGCAGGGCAAAGCCCCUCUUUGUUUUGCAUCAGUUAGUAUCUUAAACUUAAUUCUGGGCUUUUUGCCCUGCCAGACAAACUUCGAAAUGUCUCUCUGCCACUUCUGAAAGCACUCCAUUUUGUCCAAAACCUGAAGUGUUUGAAAUAAAAACAACAUUCUUGGCAAUACAUUCAUCUUAAUCGCAGCAAUUCGGCCUAACAAAGAAAGUUUCAAUUUUGACCAACUGUCUAAGUCUCUCUUAAUUUCUGUCCAACAUUUUUCAUAGUUAUCCUUAAAUAGACUUAGAUUUUUUGCUGUUAUGUUUACCCCUAGGUAUUUUACUUUUUAACCACAUUAAGUUCCGUCUCAUUCUGAAACCGUUCUGACUCUGUCUCAGUCAAAUUUUUUCCCAAAACCUUGGUUUUCUGUUUAUUUAAUUUAAAUCCCGCCACCCGACCAAAGUCAUUAAUCAAUUGUAAUACUCUUUUCGUACUAGGCUCUGGCUUCUGCAAGGUCAAAACCAGGUCAUCUGCAAAAGCUUUUAGUUUAUAUUGUUUCUGACCAACCUGAAUUCCUUCCACCAACUGGUCCCCUCUAAUCAUGUUCAAUAGCACUUCCAGAACCGAAAUAAAUAACAAAGGGGAGAUAGGGCAACCUUGUCGUGUCCCUUUUUCAAUUUUGAACUCUUCUGUAACCACAUUAUUAACUAUCAGUUUAGCUUUCUGUUCUGAAUAUAUCGCCUCAAUCCCAUUCUCAAAACCCCGUCCCACUCCCAUCUCUUUUAAGUUUCCCAUCAUAAAUUUCCAAGAAAUAUUAUCAAAGGCCUUCUCCGCAUCUAUAAAAAUUAAAACUGCUUUUGUAUUUAUGUCAGUUUGGAGAAGUUCCAAGAUAUCAAUAAUGUUCCUUGUGUUAGCAAACAGAUGUCUACCUGGGAGAAAACCGGCCUGGUCCUUAUGAAUUACUUCAUUUAAAACUUUUUAAAUCUACUUGCCAAAAUAUCUGCAAAUAUUUUGUAAUCCACAUUUAAAAGGGAGAUGGGACGGUAGUUCUUCAGUUGUGUCUUUUCAGCUUCUGACUUUGGUAUCAAUGUGAUAAACGCUUCCUUCCACGAAUCCGGUGCCCUCUUCCCUCCAUAAUUUCAUUGCUAACCUCCAUCAAGGGUUGUAUCAAAUAGUCUUUUAGUGUCUUAUAAUACUUGGAGGUCAGCCCGUCUGGCCCUGGAGAUUUGCCAAGUUGCAUGUUCUGAAUAGCUUGUUCAAUCUCCUGUCGUGUUAUUUUAGAGUUCAGGGUUGUCCUAUUUUCUUGUGACAGUUUAGAUAAUCCAUUUUUGCCAAAAAUUGUUUAAUCUCGACUUCGUCUUGCGGCCCUUGGGUAUAUAGUUUUUUAAAUAUCUCUGGAAACACUUUCUAAUGUCCACUGGAUUCUGAAUGUUUCUUCCAUCGACCUCUAAAUUUGUAACCGUAUUUAAUCUUUGUCUUCUCUUCAACUGCCAAGAUAGCAGUUUUCCACAUUUAUUCGCCGACUCAAACGUUUUUGUUUCAUUAAUUUAAUCUUCCAUUCAAUUUCCUGAUUUAUCAAUUUAGAAUAUUGUGUUUGAUACAGUUUAAUUUCUCUCAGAGUUGGCUGUGACUUUGGAUUCACUCUUAAUUUCUUCUCUAAUUCUUUUAUUUUAUCCAAGAUCUUGUCUUUUUCUCAUUUUGUGUUUUUUUCCUUACUACAUUCUGUUGUAUCAAGAAUCCCCUCAUGACAGCUUUGCUUGCGUCCCAGACGAUUCUUUUUCCACCGAAUUAUUCAUGUUUAUCUCGAAAUAGUCUUUCAAAACUUUUUGGGCCUUCUUGGUAAUUUCCUGAUCUCUAAACAAAUUGUCAUUCAUCUUCCAUCUAAAGGAUCCAGUUGGUAGUAGUGUCAUAUCCAUCUUUACUGCGUUGUGGUCAGAGCAGGUCUUUGGGCAGAUUUCCACUUUUCUAACCCUAGGUGCCAGGCCUCUAGAAAUCCAUAUUUGGUCGAUUCUUGUCCAGGUCAGUUGGGCUUCAGAAAAGAAUGUUCCUUCUCUACCUAGUGGGUUCUUUGUUCUCCAAAUGUCGAUCAAGUCCAUAUUGUCAGUCAUUUCAAAAAGGUUUUAGGUAGUCUGCCAUCUUUUGUAACAUUUUGACUUUGCGACUUGUCCAUGUUAGUUGAUACUGACCUCGUUCAUGUCUCCCAUCAUUAUGAUGUUGUUGUAAUCCAGAUGAUCCAGCAUUGUCCCCUGCAACUUCUUGUAAAAUUCCGAUUUCCCUUCAUUGGGUGCAUAGAUUCCUAAUAUCAGCAGUUUCUCUCCUUGAUAUUGUAUCUCAAUAGCCAAAAUCCUUCCAUGUUCAUCUUUAAAUAGAAAUUUAGGUGACAGGCUCUAUUUUGCAUAUACCCCACCUCCUCUCUUCUUCACUUUGUCCGACUAAAUAAAUUCCUGGCCCAAUCUUUUAUUUAUUAACACUUUUCUGUGGAGCCUCGUCACAUGUGUUUCUUGUAAACAGAUAAUGUCCAAUUGUUCUUUUUAAUAUAUGAAAUAUUUUCUUCCUUUUUCCGGAAUGUUACAACCAUUAAUAUUCCAGCUCAACAGUUGCAGACCUUACCUUUUAGUCCACCUGGUUGUAAAUGCUCAACAGCUGCCCCUGGAAUAGUGGCAAAUAUCUCUAAUUAAAGGCAAAUAGUGCAAAAGGGGGUGCUACCAUUGCACAAAUUAACCCCUUUCUUCCACUUACAAUUUAUUUGUUACCCACCUGCUUAUACCUCCACCGAGCCUAAAAGGCCCAUAUUGUCAAUGGAGUGGGGGGCACAAAGAGAGCAAGAACUAUGGUGGUGCAUGGAUGCAUUUCUGGCAAUUUUGUCUCCUUUCGCCAGCCAGCUUUGGCAAGAUUGCCUGGGUUCAAAAGGCUGUUUUAUCAUCUAGCCAGGCUUAGGAUAAUGCAGAAUGAACUUAAAUUAAUGUUACGCCAGAGUUGUUCCACAGGCUGCCAGUUGCCUACCAUCACAAGGUAUUUGGAGGUAAUAUGCAAAUUCACACUAUUUCUUGAAACUUUCCCUCUGCAUUCCUUCUGAAACCUUUUAGUAGAGUAGCUAGUGAUAAGUAGCCAGUCUAGAGCAUGUGCAAAAGGCACACUUGGGAACACUCAAAAGUGAAUGUUUGGUUUGAUUAAAGGGAGCUUGGCUCACAAGGAUCCUUUCUUCUCCUUCUCAUUUUUGCUUUUAGUUCAACUGGAGAGUAUUAUGCACCCACUGCUGGCAUUCUUAAAGAGCCAUGUGUGGUCAUCUCACGCAUCUGAACAUCCUUGCGCAUGGCUCUCUACGCUGUUCAUAGAACAGGACGACGACAUGUUGGAAGCUGCAAAAACUCUAUUAACAGUUCAUUUAAAGUUCGAAAGGUUAGUGUUCAUUUUCACUUUUCUGAAGUCAUAAACCUUUUAUUUAUUCAUUUAUUUAAAAAAAAAACAUUGGGCAUCACAAAUAAGAAACUGAUUUCAUCUAUAUUUCAGGUAACAGUUCAGCCUGAAACUAACUGAAGGGAGUAGGAGUAAGAGGUAGAAAUGGGUUUUAAAAGGAUGCCAUGUAAAAAUGAAUGUAUUACCAAGAAAGUUAUUUUUGUUUCAAUCGAUCCUGGUGGUUGGCAAGACAGAAUGUUUCAAUGUAUGGCAAAAAGAUAUUUCUAAAUAUAUCUGGCAAGGGAAAAAACUGAAAAGAUAAAAUAUUGAUAAAUGUGAAAAAGAAGGUUUUCCCCUGCCAUAUAUGAGAUUAUAUUAUGAAGCAUCUUGUCUAUGCUGGUUGAAUGAAUGGUUGACAUUGGAAAAAUCUGCAUAUUUUAGACUUAGAAGGUCAUGAUGUUUUUGGUUGGCACACUUAUUUGUGGUAUGAAAAGGUGAAAUUACAUAAAGGAUUUACAAACCAUACAAUUAGGAGAAAUUUGUAUAUAUGGGAUAAAUAUAAAAAUAUAAUAAAAAAAUAAUAAAAAUAUAAAAAACACCACUUUGGCUUUCACCAUUGGAAGCCAUAGGAGUAAAGAAAAAGAUUAUGACGGAAGGGUGGGCAACUUAUAGAAAUUUAUUAAGAGAGGAUGGAGGAGAAUUUAAAUUAAAUGAAUUUAAGGAUUUAUCAGGAAUGUUAACAACAUGGAUACAAUGUCAUUUGAAUGAAGUAUUUAUGAAAGAUAUUGUCAGGUAAUGGUGUGGUUGCUCGAGAGCAAACAGGCAAAACUCCAACAUGUCUUUUCCAGGCUUUAUUAUCUGUACAAACUAUUUUCAGUGCGGAGCAUCGCAAGUCCAUGUCUGCUCAGUCGCUAGCAGAAUCUGGGAUUGGGCAGUCCUUAUACCUUCCCCAGCAUAACAGUUGUGUGACCCUCAUCCUUCUCCUCCCCUCUCUGUGCGCAAACCUACUGCGUAAAGUGGGCGUUGGCAAAGGGGGACUUGCCUCCCCUCCGCUUUGCUCAGGCUUAGUGUUGAGGCUCUCCCUAGCAUCUUCUGAUCCCUGCGCCCCUUCCCCACUGGAGGCAGGGCUUCCCUCCUUGCCCAAGGAAGAACUGCUUCGCAAGAUCUUCGGAGGCUCCCUGUAACACAACUGCCCUUCCACCUCUCGCCUCUGAGCUGAUGGCAGUUCCCUGACAGAUAUGAAACGAUUUGGAGAACAAUUAUCACAAUUGGAAAGACACCUGUUGGAAUGUAAUGCUAAAGUGCUGUCUAAAAUGUAUAAGAUAUUAUUGGAAUGGGAGACAAAGGAUGAGCAAGUAAAAUCAUCAAUGAUACAUUGGGUAAUAUAUUUUUGUUAUAAUACAGAUAUGGAAGCAUGGGAACAAUUGUGGAAUAUGGGCAUAAAAUUUACAAUACGUUAUGCUUUAAGAGAAAAUUAUAUGGAAAUGUUAUAUAGAUGGUAUCUAACACCUAAUAGAUUGGAGAAAAUGUAUAAAUCAAAAUCGAAUUAAGUGGUGGAAAUGCAAAGAGAAAGAAGGUUUUUUUAUCAUAUAUGGUGGUUUGUAGUAAAGUAAAAGCUUACGGGGAAAUGAUAUAUAACGAGUUAAAAAAAGAUGUUUAAGAUAACAUUUGUAAAAAAACAAACAACCCAGAAGCUUUUAUCUUGGGAAUUAGAGGUGCAGAACUAUCCAAACAGUAUAGAAAUUUAUUGUUGCUUCAAGAAUUACAGUUUCACAACACCAAAUCAAGGAGUAUCAUGUCCUUUGGGCUUGUGGGGGUGGCUGAGUUUUUUUUAAAAGAAACAGCAACAGGUGUCUCUGCUGCAGAAUUGCAAUUGUUGCAUUAUAUAUAUGAUUUAUGGUUUUAUAUUUUGAUGUGCUGUAUUCUAAUGAAAUAAUCAUGUAGUGUUUUAGUAAGCAGGAACCUUUGUUUUGAAAGCUGGGCUGUAAGUAUAAUGAAUAAAUGCAGACUGUAGCAUUGAUUAAUUUAAGCCUUUUGAUCAGGUAAAAAAAAAGAUUUAAUCUGUCUUUAAUGCAGCUGCUUACAAAGCCAUGUGUGGUGGGCACCAUCUUUAAAAAGCCAUUUCCCUUUCUCUAGCAUAUGAGGGAAUACCGUUUAUAAGAUGUGUGCCCACUCUAAUGCAUACAUGUAUCACCUUAAAGAACCCUCACCUUUAGACAAAUAUAAUAACCUAGCACUUCCAUAGUUAGAUAACAGCACAAUCCUAUGUAUGUCUACUGAGAACUAACCCCCACUGACUCCAGUGGCUUACUCCCAGGUAAGUGAGUAGAGGAUUGCACCCUUGUAAUUGGGUGACAACUGUACUUUCAGAAAAUGCUAUGUUUUAGUACCUGACUUUUGAGAGUUUCAAGUUGGAGAACCUUCUCUAGGUAUUUCAUCACAUUCAUAUCUACUAUGCAUGUUGUUUCUCCAUACUGAUUUGCUUAGUAUUCAUUGUAAUAAAUCAUUCUAAUAAGUUUAGCAUUUUUUUGUUUAUUUUAAACCAUAAGAAUUGCUUUGCUGGAUAAGGCAAAGGAUUCACCUAGGCAAGCAUUUUUACUCGAACAGCACACAGUCUGAUAUCUUUGGGAAGCUCACAACAUAGUGUAAUGCACUCUCCUCAUGAGUCCAGAUCACUGACCACAAACCAGGAUGCAUCAUCAUAACAUUUUAUUAUUCACACCCUGCCCAUCUGGCUGGGUUUCCCCAGCCACUCUGGGCGGCUCCCAACAGAACACUAAAAACAGAAUAAAACUUCAAACAUUAAAAACUUCCCUAAACAGGACUGCCUUCAGAUGUCUUCUAAAAGCCAGAUAGUUGUUUUUUCCCUUGACAUCUGAUGGGAGGGCAUUCCACAGGGCGGGUGCCACUGUCGAGAAAGCCCUCUGCCUGGUUCCUUGUAACCUCACUUCUCGCAGCAUAUAUUGGUUUCAUAGCCUGCUUUGUAGUAGGAGAUUAAGCCACAGUUUCCUGGUUUAGAUAUAAUUGGAAACUAUGGUUUGACAAGGCCUGGAAAUGUUGAGGGAGGAUGAUGUGCAUGGGCAGCAUGCAUUACACCGAACUAUGCCGUAUUAGACAAAGCUCAUUAUGUUUGGACCAGGCUAUGGUAAAUAACAGAACUUUGCUAAAAUGUUCACUGAUUCAAAAGCAAUGAAUUGCUUACUCUACAACUGUUAACUUUCUAGGUUCUGGCACAAAGCUGGUCUUUCCUUAUAUCAUUCUGAUGAUGGAACCUGGGCUGCUUUUACACAUCAGAAUGGCUGCAAUCCCCAUUGUAUCUUCUUAUUUUUGCUGAAAAGUAUUUCAUUUGAUGCCACAGUUCUACUUGAUUUCUUGAUUUCAUCUGAAACCUGCUUCUUGGAAUAUUUUGUAAGAUACUUAAAGCUUCUUGUACAAGACUGGGACCAUUUUGUCAAGAUUUCUAAAUACUUCAAGACCACCUCUAAUGGAGAGCUCAGCUUUUCUACGGUGAACUUGCCCUGCCAAGAAAAAAGUGCCUACCAGCUAGACUCAAAUUUGCAGGAUGCUUCGUAUCAUCCCCCAUCCAGUACUGAGAUCCUUUCAACCUCUUUCCCAAAUUUUUCUGCACUGUGGCAUACUGACAGUCAAGCUGUAAAACCCAGCAGAUCUAACCUUUUGCAAGAGUCUGAUAAUAUGUCUUUGGUGGGAGCCCUUCAAAGGCUGGUGGAUUAUGAAAGCUCAGAAGAUUCGGAGGUGGAAUGGAUAGAAGAGGAGAGUUUGGCUGACAUGAGGCAGACACCUUUAGAUCAAGCUUGUGCAGAAGUCACUGGCCUUAUGGAUGUGGAUGGCCAGACAGAACGAUAUGUGUUGCCUCAGGAUACUUUGGAUACUUCCUCACCUUUUCACUCCACGAUUUUGCUAAAUAAACGUGGAUCAGAAGAAGGGGUGCUUCAGAAAUCAGUGGAGUGUUUCCAACAAGUGCAAGAGUCGGUUUCUAGACUACACAGAAGGAACCUCUUUCCGUACAAUCCAAGUGCACUCCUGAAGCUCUUGACUUCUGUUGAAACUAUUAGUAGCGAGCACAGAUCUGCUUCAAAGAAGUUCAAAGUCUAAGGAUCUGCAGUGCCCAUCCCCCACCUUCUCCCACUUAAUAGUUUUCAAAUGAGUUUUUCCAGAAGCUUAAAGUUUACCAGAACCUAUGGUCAGAGGCACGUUCUUUGGGAUUUGUCUAUGGGUCAUUAAAAGCUGGUCCAACUGGAUGAGAAACACGGACUCUUUAUAAUGACUAAUCCAUUGAUGUGUUUAAGUGUGGAAGUGUUUGACUGGAGGAUAUGGUCUUGCCUGUGGGUAUGUAUAAUUCAGCCACUGGGGGUGACUUUUUAAAAAGAAAAUAAUAAUAAAAUAAAACCCUGAAUUUUAUUUUUGCUCUCCUUGAUAUUCCAUCCCAAUGGAAAGGCAUAACCUUUCUCAACAGGAAUAUCUAUCACUUUUAUAAGAGAUAGUAGGGCAGCUGUGUGCUCCAUCUCUGGACAAGCAUGUAAAAUAAUUAAACAGAAUCAAAGUUAAUCGUUUUAUCCAGUACUUCUGUUCUGCUUAUGCAACAGACUUCCUCCUGCACAUUGGAACUUCUCCUUCACCUCCCUCCUUGUUGCACCCUCAAAAUCUGCUCCAAAAGGUUGAGGGACCAGCCUGAACAAAUUUUGGAGGUGCACAGGGAACUCCUGUUGCUCAGUAUUUGAUCCAGCUCAAGAGUUUCAGUCUUUUAAAAAGGUUGUGAAAUGAAAGGCAUGGGCAAAGGAGAUAAAAGUGCACUUACUUGUGACUGCUGCAGAAAAUAUGGAUCCUGGGAGUAUUCUGCCUCUAAUAGUCUUUUAUAACUUGUUACCCCACUUCAAACUGAACACAGUCCACUUACCAUAUAUGAUGGCUUAGCAGGGAAUCAACGAGCCUUCUCUUUUUCACCAUGCAGGCAGCAAAAACAAGCACCUGAAGCAUCACAGCACUUCUCUGGGGACUGUGUUCUGCUUGGUGGGUAACCACAGGUCUGCAAAUGUUGUUCUUCAUUUACCUGCUGCAUCUGAUAUAUAAGAACAACUCGCUUGAUACAUAUCAGGCCUGCAAAAAUUGUGAUUCUCAAAGCCAAAUGUUGUCCAUCCGUCAUGAUGUCGACAUAGGUCCUUGUUCAAAAGUUAUACAUGCAUGUAAAAUGCCCAGAGUCGUGCAGUCCAUAGGGACAUGUCCGUUACACACCAAUUUCAGGAGGAAAUGCCAAGAAAACACAGGCUUCAGUUGCAGGUUUGAAACUUACUGAGUUUCUUACAAAACAUUGGGCAACUUAGUAUAUACAGAAGUAAAUCUCUGCAAAGAUUCCACAGGAAAAGCCUGGACCAACAGGUUUACUUGGAGCAAGGAAGAAAGAGAAACAGGUAAGAGGCAAGGAGAAUUACUGGGAGGGGAGCAGCACUGGGGUGCAGUAGGCUGCAGUGAAGCCCUAAAUGCAAUGGGGUGAACUCUGAAUGUAGUUGGGAAGCAGAACUCGCUUUUUCAACUGUCACCUGGGAGCAGUGUUGUAUUAGAUUGUCCCAGUGGGAGAUACAGGAAGCAGAACUUACUCCAUCAGCUCUGCUGUAACAGACCAGGUCUCUUGAGCACCUCCUACUCCUGAACUGGGCCAGCUGGUCUUUGAGAACAACUGUUUAAGAACUGGCUUGAAUUUGAUUAUCUCUUCCCCACUUCUCCCCUCCCUGACCCUUUCCCCUUAGGUUGUAAGCCUGUAGGCAGGGAUUGCCUUGUUCUAACUGACUGUACGUAAGCCAGCUGGGAGCAUUUUUGUUGGAGGAGAAGGUACAUAUUCUGCGAACAAAUAAUAGUAAUAAUAAAUUAUGCCAGUUGAGAAAUAAGAGAGAGAAAUGGAAAGUUUGAAAUGACCUGCUUCAAAGAGAAAAUCACACAUCUCAAACUGCAAAAUAUUGUGGUUUGGAAAGAAUGUAUUUCCCAUACCAGAAAUGUUUCUUCCUGGAAAGAAGAUAUAAGGAGGGCAAGGAGUUAUCUACAUAAUAAAUUGUGCCAUUAUUUCUCAUUUG